ACAUAGGAUUUUGUCUUUCUGGAACAUGUUGGGGGUACAGAUUGAAAAUGUCCAGAUUCUACCGCUUAUUGCUCAUCCAUUUUUCGAUGGAUUUAACACGUUAAGCCCCGAUUUUUUCGUGCUCUGCUUCCCAUUCAGCGCGCAUCAAGAGCGUUUGAACAAUAUAAGUGUCGGUCCCAGCUCCCGAAGAUACUUAUUGUAUAAAUAAAAAACAGUCAGAGAUUCAACUAGAAAGUAGUUACAAGUAGGUUUUUACGCAUUUUAUGCCUGUUUUAUCUUUGAAUUAUCUGUAAAUCGCUACAAGUUGUUGUUCCGUCCAACGUGCAACAACCGAGUGGUAAGUAAAGAGCUGUUUGGUUAGGUGGCAUGACCAAAAUACGUAGAAGCAUAUUUUAACCCUGCCUCAAAUUACUAUUUUAACAACAAAUUUCAAAUGUAAGAGUAUACAAACUGUUUCUACAGUAUCUUAUAUAUGUAUUGGCUACAUUGAAUUGUUCUAAAAGCAUACCUAUCUGUUAUAUGGUCGGUGUUAAGUCAGACCGGGCCAUGUGACAUUUUUAUGAUUUCGAGAAAACGAACAUAAAGUUUAAUGCUCUGCAAUUUACAAAGCAUUUAAUUUUUUCGUUCAAUAUUGUUCUCAGAAGUUUGAGCUACUCUCUGCCAAUACUGUGAUGUAUGAUAGUUGUAAAAAAACAUCAAGUAUCAUGCCAAAAAAGGCUGUUAUUUGGCUGCCUAUACGUACAAAGUCCGCUCUGACUGAACUAAAUGAUGUAUUUUUUGAGAGUUGGUUCACUAUGACUGAACAAUUCCGAACAGUAUUCGUCAAUAUAUCGUCAAAUUUGAACUCAUUGUCAUCGUUACAGCCUAAAUCGCACUCUGAAAUAGUAUAUUUUGCGAUCAUUCACACUGCAUUUUUCACUGAUCCGUUCAGUCGGAGUGAACCAAUUUUAUUUUUAUGCAGUCGGGCACAGCGUGUGUUGGUGAUGGCUAGCUCAUAGUUGCGCUGUGGGAGGGGUACUCGUGGUUUGUGGGGUCGUGUGCAAAUUAUGUGUGCUGCUAGAUGCUGUCGCUUCAGUUCGUUCGGUGUGGAACUGAACACAUAUAAAAGGACGAAAUCGCAUUAAGAAGUUAUUCGUGAUUUAACCUUGCAGUGAAAGUUAAAGUGAAAGUGCAGUUCCUGAACCGUGGUGGUUGUAGAGUCUAGCCAGUUUGUGUUCGGUCGAGUUCGGCCAGUUCCCAGCGAGUUACCCAACCUUGGGGGUAAUCGUGUGCAGUUCCGCUUUUCGACAGUUAGCUGAAGACGUCAGCAGUAUUCAAAAUUUUUGAUUAAAGGCAUACUCUAAAAUGGCUUCGCAAAAAACCGCCUUAAAAAAAACAGAUCAAGAGUGUCUCUUUCUUUGGAAAUGAAGCUCAAUAUUUUGGAUGCCCUUCAAGAUGGGAAAUCUGUUGCAAACGUCGGCAGGAAUUUAAAAAUCAACGAAUCGACUGUGCGUACAAUUAAAAAGAAUCAAGAUAGCAUCAGACAGACAGCAGCUCAGGGCACUAUCUAUGCAACAAAAUCCUCAUCAUAUACACGAGAUCCAUUGAUGGUCAAGAUGGAAAAGGCACUUCAUAUGUGGAUCGAAGAUCACGCGCAGAAGAAAAUACCCUUGGAUCAGGAAUUAAUAAGGGAGAAAGCUUUGAGCCUUUACCUUUGGUUAGAGAAGAAUGAGCCGUCUUCAAGUAAAAAGAAAGACUUUACCGCGAGUAAGGGAUGGUUUUAUAACUUUAUACGUAGUAAUUCCAUUCGCAACGUUAAAAUCAAGGGUGAAUCCGCAUCGGCCGAUGUUUCGGCUGCAAAUAGUUUUCCUCCAAAGCUCGCUAAGAUCAUAAAAGAAGGUGCGUAUCAUGGUGACCAAGUGUUCAAUGGAGAUGAAACGGGUCUUUUUUGGAAAAGAAUGCCGUCUCGUACCUACAUUACGCAGCAGGAGCAAUAUGCCAGUGGUUUCAAAGCGGCCAAAGACAGGGUUACCCUGUUAUUUUGCAGUAAUGCUUCAGGCGACCUUAUGUUGAAACCGCUAUUGAUCAAUCGUGCUAUGACGCCCCGCUCGUUGAAGGGGGCUGAUUUCAACAAACUGCCAGUGCACUGGAAAGCUAACACUAAAGCGUGGGUCACAAAAGCCGUUUUUGAGGAAUGGUUUUACGAUAUGUUUAUUCCGGAAGUGAAAACAUACUUGGAAGGAAAAGGUUUGGAGUUCCACGUGCUUUUGAUUUUGGAUAACGCUCCAGGACACCUAGUUAUCAAGCACCCAAACGUUCAAGUUGUGUUUCUUCCACCGAAUACAACUUCUUUGUUACAGCCUCAAGAUCAAGGAAUAAUUGCUGCUUUCAAGAAGUUGUACAUUAAACAAUGUCUUCGGUACAUCCUCGAAAAGCUUGAAAGCGAUGAAACGAUGACGGUAAUUCAAGCGUGGAAAGAAUUUAAGAUAAGAGACGCUCUGACGUUCAUAGGAAAGGCUCUGUCUUCUAUGAAAUCUAAAACAUUGAAUUCGUGCUGGAAGCCACUAUGGCCAGAAUGCGUGAAAGCUGGUUCAACAGACCCUUCAAAUGUGGAAGAAUCAGAAAUUCUCAUUCUGGCACAUGCAAUUGGAGGGAAAGGAUUCAAAGAUAUGGAUAGUAGAGACGUUGAAGAGCUUCUUGAAGACACCGAAAUUGAAGAUGAUGAACUGAUGCAGAGUUUAGUCACAUCGGAGCCUUUAGAGGACGAUGAAGACCGGGAUAUCAAGCCAUGUGAUAUCGAAGACGGGAAUAAAUUAGCGGAUACCCUCGUAAAACAUUUUAUGGAAAAGGAUCCUUGUGUUGAGAGAGCCGUUUCAUUUCGGAAUGAUUUGAAACUGUGUAUGCUUCGCUACAAUAGAUUGAACGAAAAAACACAGCCAACAGUUAUCGAUGAAGAUGACGAGGAUUUCAGCUUACCAUUGGAACGCAGACGAUCUCGUCCGAUUUCUUCGGAUGAGGAAGAUAUCGCCACAUCAUCUAACCGCAAACAUCCACGUGUUGCUAAUGAUAGUGAUUAGAUCAAUAAAAGAAAUUCUUUUUUCCACUUGACUACAAUAAAAUUGAUUUAUGAAUACAUUGGUAAAAAUAUCAUGGUAAAAAACUAAAAAUAUGUUUAAUUAAAUUUGUCUAAAUUCCGAAAACAUUUGUUUGUAUUGUAAUUUUUUCAAAUUGCAAAAAUGCAAUUUGAAAAAAUUACUUUCGAACUACUGGACCGCUUCACAUGAUCGAUAUAUCAAAUUAAAGCCAAUUAGCU